AUGGGUGGGUUUUCGGACGCUGAUGACUACCGUGUGCUGCCUAACCAGGACGCCAAGAUGGAUAUUUUCCGUCAUGUCAAUACCAUGACCAAGGGACGUGGUUGGCUUCCGACCAGCGAGAAAGGGCGCGUUCGUAUGGAGAGAAAGGGCAAGGUGGGAGAUCUAGUGCACCAGAAGGAGUCCAAGCUGUACAAAGAUUAA